AUUAAGAAUGGAUUUUAGUAUUGUCAGUCCUCACAGAGUCAAAAGUACGUAGCACUACAACUCCUACUACCGAGCAUCCUCUGUACAACUCUUCCUUUCAUCUUUAAUUCUUCCUAUCAUGUUUUAAUUCUUGCUUCAUCCUGUAAACUCCUCUUUCAUCUUGUAAUCUCAAGAAGGCUUUUCGAUUGACGCUCCCAAUUAUCGAGAAGGAGUGAGAGCGAGAUAAGACAUUAUCUAUAUUGGUAACUCCCGAUCCUUUGUUCGCACUAUCAAAACCGCUCGAAUUCUGCAGAUCAUCGCCAAUGGACGUUGUGGACGUCACCCAGCUCGAGCAGAUCCUCGACGUUGAAGACCACAUUUACGAUCUCUACACCCUGCGGGCCCCACCUGAGCACCAGCAUCUUGGCUACAUCAACCGCACUCAUGAAACUCUCGAGAUCUCCCUCAAAAAUGGCCACGAUUUGACCAUCAAACAGUCGUUGACAAGCUUGUCUUCGGGCAAGGAAACGUCUUCCACCGGGUUUAUUUGCUGGCAGGCGAGCGUGCACUUCGUGGACUGGGUGCUCUCGCACGACAGGUGUCCCGUGCACGAGUUGUUCAGCCAGAAGCCCAGCCUCCGAGUGCUUGAGUUGGGUUCGGGCAUUGGCGCCAUCUGUGCUUCAGCAUUGGCACCUUUGUGUAAGCACUACGUGGCCACCGACCAAAAGCACAUCUUGAAGCUCCUCAAGCACAACUUUGUCGAGAACGUUGCCAGCACCUGCUUGGCCAGCUCCACGGUAGAGCUACCAGAGGGACCCAAGAAGAAGCAGACUGGACGCGUCGAUGUCAUCGAAUACGACUGGGAAUAUCCCGAGAACGGCGACUUCAACUUGUCUGCGGUGGGUGCCUCUGCUCCCGACUUGAUCAUAGCCUGUGAUACUGUCUACAACGAGUAUCUCAUUCCGUUCUUUGUGGGGACAGUGCGACGGUUAUUGACUGAGGGAGCAGGUGCGUUUAUCGCACUACAAUUGAGAGAAUCAGAUAUCAUGGAAGCGUUCGUCAACGAGGUGUUGGACCAGGGGUUGCGGCUCUACUGUGUUCCCGAGGCGUUGUUGUCGCCAGAGUUGGUGCUGGGAUUUGUUGUGUACUAUAUAGCCGUGUAGCUGUCAAAGGGGAGACCUAUUCAAUUAAAAGAACCAUAGAUAAAAUAGAUACUCCGUUGAGAGAAGCAAAUUUGCGAAGAUUUCCAGCACUAAAGGCUUUGCCAACCACGGCCUCCAUGAGCAGUACUUGAGAAC